AUGAUUACAAACGCAUUGCGGGCGUAUUUUAGGGCGAAAGGGGAAGAAGUUGGAGGAUUCGCGUAUCGGGCUAGGAUUCAUCGUCUUUUUACUGAGCUGAAGCGAUCUAUUACCGUCACCGAACAAAACCUGGCAGAUCAAGUUCGGUAUAUCCUGCGCUCAAAUAUAUUUGAUGGCACCGAACUCGAACGGCUACGAUGUGAGGUUGUUCCCUCAUCAGAUAAAAAUGCUACGGCUGAGGAUGUGGUGCCACAAGUUGCAGAACAACCUUCGCACGUAGAUGCCGCCGUGAAUACCCCAGUGGUGGCUGAUUCAAAUGAUGAUGGAACAUUCGCCCAGGAACUACUACUAAGAGCAAAUGAGGAGUACAUUGGAAGAGGCAAUUGUGGAAACGCGCAGUACGCCUCUCGAAAAUCGACCACGACUUCCCCGCAUAGCCUUAAGCAAGCAGAAUCGGGCUGUCGUGAGGGCUCUGAAUCCAAUGCUGGUGACCUAUUUGGAAGCUAG